ACCACUGGAAAUUAAAUAAAAAAAAGUCGAAGAGACAGACCCAUUUGGGACACCGUGCGUUUGACGUCGCUUUGUAAAACUUCAAUUGUUCGUUAGUCGCAAACAUGUCUGGCCGUGGCAAAGGUGGUAAGGCUAAGGGAAAGGCGAAGUCGCGCUCGAAUCGUGCCGGGCUGCAGUUCCCCGUCGGACGUAUCCACAGGCUUCUGCGAAAGGGAAAUUACGCCGAGCGCGUCGGUGCCGGUGCCCCGGUCUACCUGGCCGCGGUGAUGGAGUACCUCGCUGCGGAAGUGUUGGAAUUGGCGGGAAACGCCGCGCGUGACAACAAGAAGACCAGGAUCAUUCCCAGGCACUUGCAGCUGGCCAUCCGCAAUGACGAGGAACUGAACAAACUGCUCUCUGGCGUCACCAUCGCUCAGGGUGGCGUACUGCCAAAUAUCCAGGCAGUCCUGCUGCCGAAGAAGACCGAGAAGAAGGCUUAAAUGCAGAACUGCAGAGCAGAACAAAUGAAACGGCCCUUUUUAG